UUCCACGUUAAAGGGCCGAAACAUAAACCUGUAUUUACUUUCUUAUCUUUCCGCAGCAGUGUGUAUUUGAUAUUGUUCGAAAUAUACAAAACACACCAAAGAACUGCAGUCACAUUGUCGGCAAAAACCAAUGGUACGUUUAAAAAGCUAUGGUUUUUUAUAGCGUGGCAUUUUUAGUCUUAUUUCUCUUCACUGGUCUUUAGUACAGUUUGUUCUUUUUCAGUUAAUUAAACCUGUUCCACUUUCAGCAACAGAGAUUUUCUAAUUUUCAAUGUCGCAUCACUGUGUCGAAUGCCGCGCAUGUGGAUUGAAUCAAAGACAUACCAAUACUGUUCAUUUUGAAAAGUACAGUAAAAGUACUAUUCCCGGCUAAGAAGUACAUUGAUCAUGAUAUAAUUGUGGCGAGGAAAAACGAAAAUUCGUUUUAAACUGGUUUCGUGAAAUGAGCCGAUAAGUUUUCAAGGAACAUUAGUGUCAAUAGAAGAUCAUAGAACUCGGUUCUUGGAUAAAACCUGGUCUUCCUAAUGGCUGAAUUCGUUUAAGACGUUGGUAACUUCCUUGUCAAGCAAAGUUACAUUAUUUGAGAGGGAUGCUUAUAAUAUCCUGCGACAAGAGAACACAUAAAUGUUCUCUUGCCCGGCUCACUCCUCGCCACUAUUGGGACUAUGAGGGGUGAGGAGAGGGGAGGAGAGAGGGCUGUUUUCUCAGGCUACGUUUGUGAUUAAUCUUACUUACGGUAAAUUGGCUUUGCAAAAUAGUCUGCAAAACCUUUCUCGCAGUGAAAUAUUUUCUUUUUGCUAGGCUUUUGGUCGUAUAAUGAAGAUUGUUGUUCUCCUGUUGUUCUUUUCCUGUGCCGUUUUGGACCUUACACAAGCUCAAACGUUUAUUGGUAAGUACAAUAUUUAUGUCGAUUAAAUCAAAACCAAUUUUCGGCUAACUAAUAGCUGGACAAACGACUAUAAUUAUUCCUGUUCUCCCGUUCCCCUGUUUCCCUUUUCCUCUUGUUACCCCUGUUCCCUCUUUCCUCCUUGUUGCCCUGUUUUCCUGUUCCCCUCUCCCCCCUGUUCCCCCUGUUCCACCUGUUCCCCUGUUCCCCUUGUUCCCCUUUCCCCCUGUUCCCCCUUUCCUCAUGUCCCCCUUGUUCCCUUGUUUCGAGGUCUUCCUGUUCCUCCUUACCCCCCGCUUCCCUGUUUUUCUGUUUCUUCUGUUCCCCUGUUUCCUCUGUUCCCCUGUUUCCUCUGUUCCCCCCUUUUUCCUCUUUUCCCCUUUCCCCCUGUUUCCCCCGUCCCCAUGUUUUUGGUUCCCCUUUUCUCCUGUUUCCUCUGUUUCCUCUGUUCCCCCGUUCCCCUUUUCUCCUGUUCCCUCUGUUGCCCUGUUGCUCUGUUCCUCCUGUUCGUUUGUUUUCUUGUUCCCCUUUCCUCCUGUUUCCUUGCUCCCCCUUUCCCCCUGUUUCCUUGCUCCCCCUAAUCCCUUAUUCCCCUGUACCCCCUUUCCCCUGUUUCCUGUUCUCUUGUUUGCCUGUUCCCAUGUUUCCCUUGUUCUCCUUACUCCCCUUGUUCCCCCUGGUUCCCUGUUCUCCUUUUCCCCUAUUCCCCUGUUACCGACAAGGCAAAUAUUGCCCCGUAUGACCAAAGCAAAAAUAGCGCAGCUUGGAUGCUUUCGUAGAGCCCUUAAAACGCCAAAAAAAUAAACACUUUAGAAAGGCUAAAGGGUUCCUAAAACAUUUUAGUAAAAACAUUCAUGGAAAAUAGGUCUAGUUUAGUGUAGUAAUCAUGGGCUUUGUUAGUAUUUCUACUGAAGAUACUUCAUAGAUACGUCUAAAUUGUUAUUAGAAAUAAUUAUGUAGUUGUAUUUUAUAUUGUACCGGCCUCAUGAAUUUUUACCGUCUUAAAACAAAGAUUUGAUUGAUGGAUGGACUUGAUUCAUUGUAAAAUAAAUGCUAUAUUUUGGUUGACAGGUAAAUGUUGGAAAACGUGGAGUCGUUGCACCCAAUGGAGCAGCUUUGCAACUGGAACACUGUGGCAGUCGUGCAACACAAGGUAAAUACGCAGGUUUGCUGCAUCUUCGCCACCGGCGCCUGCUCCAGACAUAAGCAUGAAUAACCCGAAAUUGUAAUAUUUCGUUAAAAUAAAAGAGCGAGUAAAACACAUGGUUAGAACGAAAGGAUUGCUAGUCACUUGCUCAUCGAAAAAAAUCAGUUUUGAAAUAGACCAGUUUUGGUAAUGCUGACUGCUGAGUGUUAAAACCUUCUUGCUAGUCUCGCUAUUUUAUUCACUGAUUCACUAAUAAAACCUAAACAGCAUCCUAAUGGAAUAGACAGAAAACAGGAGCCUUAUUCAAGGCCUCUACUUGUUGCUAAUAAUGUUCAACAAAAAAUUUCCUAUUGAAAGACAACACUCGCAGACUUGAAACUGCAGCUACUCCCCACUUCAGUAGCCUGCGAACAGCAGACGUAUUUCCGGUCGUCAGGGAGAGAGGCGACGACCGGAAAUGCGUCUGCUGUUCGCAGGCUAGAAAAUGAUUGCAAGCUUUGGGCGCAGUGAUCUCUGGGAUCGUUUGGAUGGUAUUCAAGGCAAACUUUAACCUUUAACCAGUCGUUCACCCAAACGAACCCAGAAAUCGUUGUGCUGAAGCAUUCCCCUGUAAGUUUCUGGACUGGGGGACUGGGGAAUACAAGUGUGCGUUCCGUGUGCUUCAUUUCCCUCACGUGAUCAUGUACGCCCAUCAAGUCUCUUUUCCAUCGUUACAUGUAAUCACAUUGAGGGUUGUGCGAAGUCUGCCAUCUUUGAGACCAAAAGAAAAAAGGCCAGAGAGCUGAUAGUCUGCUGCACAGCCGUUUUUAGUGGCAUCACGCAACGCUCCUCCCCAUCGGGGACCCAGGCAUUAGCGGCCUUUUUUAGUGGCGUCAAGCAAGGCUCCUUCCCACUGGGGAGGAGCGUUGCGUGAUGACACUAAAAACGGCUGUGUAGCAGACUAGAGAGCUGACUACAAGGAGAAGUUGACUCAGUCAUUUAAUAUUUGUCGUAGGUGCAAAUGCCUGGGUCGAGGUUAUGGGAAGUGUGUCGAGACGAGAAGUCAAUGCCCAUUUAGCCGCUAUGCAUGGCAGUGUCGCUGUUAUGGUUCCUAUGGCAACCUUAAAGGAUCGUGGUGUGGGCUGUAAUACCUACAUCCAAGACAAACCAAGCUUUAGCGUGUAACAGGCGAUCGGUGCUUGAUAAAACUUAAAAUAAGCGACUUAGUAGCUUAAGGACGCAGAUAACUGUAAGGAAAAUCAGGUUGAAUUGUUCCAAUAAACAGAAAUAAAUACUCAAGAGUUGAUUAAGU